AGGAAAUCAUGGAUUACAAAUCAAAGAAGUCAUUGGGACCGAUAAGCAGCAGUAGCAGUAUCUAUCGUGUCUUUCUGAAUACUGGCAGCAAUUUGCCCCAAGCUGAUGUUAUAAAAAAGUGGAACGAGGGCACUGUAAAGAUAACCAUUAACCCCGAUGGCGUAGAAGGUUGUGAAUCGCACAUAUUGAGGAUAAAUGAACCAUUCAACACGCACAAAAUGGGAUUCACUGAUGUUGUCUUUUGGGUUCCUGAAUCUAAAGAAAAUUCGGGUGAACCAAAACUACUGAAACUUGAAAUUGAGGGGAAUUGUUUGAAGAAGUACCCUAUUUUCUUUCGAGAAGUUGCGAUACAAUGGGAAUUUAAAACCUACAGAUUUCCCAUACACAACUUUCUAAGCCCGUACACCCCGUGCAAUGGCAGAACUGAUACCCUCCAGGAUGGAUGCCUGCCAUAUCUCUAUUCUGUUCCAGGAAGUGGGACCCUGAAACACCAGGAGCACGAUCUUGCUAUACUGAGUGCGAGGGAUUGGUCACUCAGUUUUGUUCGUUCCGUUGUAAAAUGGGAACAAAAUGUGUCUCCGAACGGAGUAGCUGGUUAUAUUGCAGUAAAAACGUACAAAGAACUUCCCAGAUUCCUGAAAUUUCGACUUGCCAAAACGGACGCCUUUGAGUCUGGAAUAACCGAUGCUGGAAACGAGAUAGUAUGUUCCAUAGUGAAAGGGUACCUCUGUGGUUUAAAGUGCCAAAGACUUCAUGAACAGAGUCACAGUUGGAACGACUUUCAUAGCUACGAGGAGUCGUUCCUUAAAAUGGCCGAAAAGUCUAGAUGGAAAGUAGAUGAUAUUAGGGAAGGACUAUGGGUGGGUGAACACUUCCAAAAGGACCACGAAUUUGGAAGACAGAUUCUUCAGGGUCCUAAUUCCAUCAACUUGAGAAGAGUAAACGAAAUAUCUGCUCCAUGGAAAGAGGCUAUCGAGAAGGGUUUCCUGAAGCCAUAUGCUAUAGACGGAGAAGAUCCUGAACAAGUCAUCAAAGAAGGUCGACUGUUCGAAGUUUUGAACUCAAAAACACUGGAUGGGGUUGCUGACGGAGGGGCCAUGAGUUUUAAAUUAUUAGGAACAAAGGAAACAUGGUACGUAGUUCAGGCUGACGUUCUCCUCUUCCAGAGCAAGAGGCUCCCUGUGCACGAAUCGUUUGUCCCCGUUUUGAUACGUUUGGAAUACAAGAACGGCCAGGAGCCACAAACUUUUUGGUACCCGCCCGAGAAAAGGAUCGAUCCGAACUACUAUUCUUGGCUUCUAGCCAAGAUGCAUUUUAGAUGUGCUGAUUGGCAAGUGUACAGUUUAGGCACCCACUAUGCAAGAGCCCAUACCAUGAAUGAGGUGUUUGCCGUGUCCAUGUACCGCAAUCUUCCUUUUCAACAUCCAUUGUUCAGAGUACUAUGGCCUCACCUUCAAGGAAUUAUUGCCAUCAAUGCCCAAGCAAGACAAGUUCUAGUCAAUCCAAGCAACAAUGCAUUUGCUAAGUUUAUGUCUGCUGGUGAUCAUCUAGCUGAAUUGCUGGUUAACUGCUGCAAAGAGCUGAGAUACGACAGUUUGGUCAUUCCAAAAGACUUUGAAACCAGGGGAGUUGCCAAUACGUCCACUGUGAAACUCCAGUACUUGUUCCGGGAUGAUUCCGUUUCCUUGUGGAACAUUCUACAUGACUACGCUACUGGAAUGGUAGACCUGUCCUACAAGGCUGAAGAAGAUGUGUCCGGAGACCUAGAAUUGCAGGAUUUCGUAAAAGAUAUAGCGAACAUUGGUUUUGCCGGGUUUCAUGGCAACAAAGGGGCAGGCUUUCCUACCUCUAUCUUGACAAAAAAGAGUUAGCGGAGUAUUUGACUGUGGUCAUUUAUAACGCCUCGUGUUACCACGCGAGUGUAAACUUCCAGAUCAACAAAUACCUGGCCUAUAUGCCUAAUGCACCACCCAGCGUCCUCCAACCACCACCAGGUCAGGACAACGUGGCUACCUUAGCACAAAUCAUGGAGACUAUCCCGAAAUACGAAAUUGCCCUUGUAACUAUGGCCCUCACAGAAGUGCUAGGAAACUUCUCUCCAAUCGAGCGGUUUUACCUUCCGACUAAGACAGACAAUAGACUGGGAUAUUUGGGAGGUAACAUGGCUGUUUCUCUUGAUCAGGAAAACUGCAUUAAAAAGAUGGAAAAGAAUAUGGAGAAGCUAAGAGUUGCUAUAGUAGAAAGGAAUGAAAAUAGUGAGACCAUACCCUACACAGUACUUAGACCUGACCUUCUCCCAAUUGCUACACAAAUAUGAACCAGCAGAAAUAAGUACGGAUCAAGCAACAGAAACUUAUUCAACUUCACCAGCUGGAAUUAGCAGUAUAGUACGGAACAACUCCACAAUUUGGAUAUUAGUAAUAUAUCGGAGUCAGCAUGCCAAAUUAUCUCGCAAAACUCGUUUAUCUUGACAAUAUUAAGAGUUUAUGGUUUAGGCGCGGCGCACCGCUUAUAGCUUUUUCAUUUUCGGCGCUGUGUUGCUACACGCUGUAUAGCAUGUAUGUGGGUCAAGCAUGGUGCCGCGCCUAAGCAGCAAAAGAGUUAUAAAUCAAUUUUUUUAAAAACAUACUCCGUUCUGCCAAUAGUUUUGCAUCUGACUGUUGAUAUUUUUUAAAUUUGAUAAAAUUUAUUUUUGUAUCUCAAAAAUGAUAUAAAGUUUUUAAUAUGACGUAGAAUUAAAGAUAUUUCAGUACAACCUAAGUAUGCUCGUUAGAAAAACUAUGAAAAUGCUAGCUUUCUUUAUUUUGUUAAUCGGCCGACAUCUUGGGUUGUACUGGACGUAACAAGUUUAUUAUCGGAUGUCAAUGAUAUCAUUAUUCAUUUCUGACUAAUUUUGACGGCCCCAACGUUAAUGUGGCUCUUGCUAUAUGUUGGUUCAGCCGAAUUAAUUAUUAUGUAAUCAAGUUUAUUUUUCUCUUUAAGUUAGUUGUCAUCCGGCCAAACAUUAAGCAACUUAUAUUGCAGUACCAUUUAUCAAUUAGUAUAUCAAAAUAUGUCAUUGUAAUUUUGCAUGGCUGAAAUGUAACGCUUGAUUUAUAUA